CAUCAUAUUUGCCUAGAGCUAUUGUAGAUUCAUGUACUUGAAAUUAUAAUUUCUCCAUUUGCCUCGGCACCACCAUCAUUAUCAAACACAAUCGCAAAGUGGCGAGGAGAGUGAAAGUUUCACUUGUUCUCGUGUACUGUAACGAUUACUUGUCUUAUAUCUGCGCCACCAACAACAUAAAGGAAAGCUUGCCACGUAUUCUCCGAUUUUCCCUCUCCUUCUCUUCCUCCAUUACCGCAUAAUACAUUCAUCUUUCUUGCUCUAUUUAUAAUAACACAAAAUUGGGGAAAAAAAGCACAGAAACGGCUGUAUUUUGACUAUUGCUGCGAAACCCUGAAUCGGAAUGCCCCCCUCAAUUGGUGGGGCCCCCAAAAUUGCAAUCUUUUUCGUUGCUGAGACACUUUAGUUUCAAAUUCAAUCCAAUUGAUCAAAAUCACAAGGGUUUUUUUUUAUAUUCGGGUUUGUGAUGACUCACAAUGCCGGCCAUGGCGAUCUCAGGCUGGUGGGAGAUUACGUGAAAUUGGAGGUUGGCGUGGGCGGUGGUGGUGGUGGUGGUGGGGCCCAGUGCCUCAAGGCGGUCUCGCCUUCUUGCGGCGGAGGCGGCGAAUGGCGGUGGCUGUUGUGGUGGUGGGCCAAGCUGCUACUGGUGUCGUUGUUUAUUGCGGUGUUGCUUGCUGUUUUCUUGAAAUGGAUCGGACCCUUCGUCAUGUACAAGGAGAUCAUCCCCUUAAUUAAUUGGGAGAGAGAAUCGUUCAGCACCAAGCACCUAGCACUUUUAAUCUUUGCUUCUCUGACAAUAUUCCCAUCCGUCCUUUUGCCUUCUUCACCGUCUAUGUGGCUUGCUGGGAUGACUUUCGGAUAUGGUUAUGGUUUUCUGCUGGUCGUUGGAGGAGUCAUAUUUGGUGUCUCUCUUCCGUAUUUCAUUGGUUCACUAUUUUACCAUAAAAUCCAACUGUGGUUAGAGAGAUAUCCUAAACGAGCUUCGGUGAUAAGAUUGGCUGGCGAGGGAAGUGUGUUUAAUCAGUUCAGAGCUGUAGCACUUAUUCGGAUUUCUCCUUUCCCCUACAUCAUAUAUAAUUACUGUGCCGUAGCCACAGAUGUCAAGUUUGGUCCCUACUUGUUAGGGACCCUCGUGGGGAUGGUGCCAGAAAUAUUUCUUACACUUUACACUGGAAUUAUCAUACAAACUUUAGCUGAUGCUACGGAUUAUCAGAGAACCAUGUCAGGUUCUCAGAUUCUGUUCAACAUUGGGGGCUUCUGCAUCACUGCGGCAGCAACAGUGCUCGUCACAUUGUACGCGAAAAAGCGACUGAAAGAACUGCAGAUGGAAGAGGUGCUAGUCUUGCAGUAAUAACUCAUAUGUCAUGUGGCUAGGUUAUUGCUUUCUAUUGCAAUUAUUCACCCCCGUAGCUAUACACGAACUGUUUCAUCGUCUGGUGAGUUUAUAAGUUGGCUCCUCAUGCCGGGAGGGGAAAAGGGAGUUAGGCAUCACAACCAAUGACAUCGAUUCUUGCUUCCUUCCUUACCCUCCUCAUUAUGAUCUGUACAUAGUCCCCGAUCUCGGCCUUUUAAGGUUAUGUUACAAGAAGCCAUGCAUUACUACCUUGGCUAUAUGAAUUCGAAUAAAAGGAUAUAUAUGGCUGAGUUCAUGUAAAUCUAUGCCUUAAUUAUGUUGUUUAGAA